AUGUCUUCCUCAAACUACAUCAAGAACGUUGCGAUCGCCGGCGGCAACGUCGGCUCCUACAUCACCCACGCCCUCCUCGACACAGGCAAACACACGAUCACCGCCCUCACCCGCCCCGACAGCUCCAGCAAGCUCCCCGAGGGCGUCAACGUCAAGCAGAUUGACUAUGCCAGCCCCCCAACCAUUGUGGAAGCCCUCAAAGGCCAGGACGCCCUCGUUAUCACCCUCAGCGGGUUCGUCCCCAAGGACACAGAGACGAAGCUGUUCGAAGCCGCCGGUGAAGCGGGCGUGAAGUGGAUCUUCCCGAACGAGUGGUCGCCGGAUACGGCCAACGAAAAUCUGCUGAAGGACGUUGCCGUCUUCGCUGGAAAGCCCGCCAACCGCAAAGCCAUCGCCUCCCUAGGCAAAAGCAACUACAUCGGCGUAUCUACCGGCUUCUGGUACGAAUACUCCCUUGCCAUUGGUCCCGCCUACGGUAUCGAUACCGUCAACCACAAAGCCACUCUCUUCGACGACGGCAACACCAAAAUCUCCACAUCCACAUGGCCGCAGGUCGGUCGCACAGUCGCAGGCCUGCUCAGCCUGCCAAUCAAAGCGGAAGGCCAGGAGCCGUGCUUGGAGAAUUAUGCGAAUAAGGUGAUCUAUGCGAACUCCUUCACCAUUUCGCAGAACGAGAUGUUGGCCUCCGUCUUCCGGGUCACUGGCACCAAGGAGAGCGACUGGACCAUCGAGAAGGUAGGGUCGCGGGAGCGGUACGAGACUGGGCUUGAGCAGAUCAAGGAGGGCAAGCGGGCUGGGUUUGUGAAGAUGAUGUAUACGCGCAUCUUCUUCCAGGACGGGGCUGGAGAUACGGAGCAUAGCAAGGGGACUGUUAAUGCGGCCUUGGGGUUGCCGAAGGAGGAUUUGGAUGAGGCGACGAAGCGGGCGGUGGCGAGGGCGAAGGCGGUGGAUGGGUCGCAGUGGGCUGAUGAGUGA